AUGUCCUCUCAUAAAACAUUCAGAAUCAAGAGGUUCCUGGUCAAGAAACAGAAGCAGAAUCAUCCCAUUCCUCAAUGGAUUCAAAUGAAAACUGGUAAUAAGAUCAGGUACAAUUCAAAGAGGAGACACUGGAGGAGGACCGAACUCAGACUGUAA